GAAUGUGGCUAUUAUGAGGCUAGGGGAUUAUGAUGGCGGCCAGAGCCUGGUGAAGCCAAAUGUUAUUGUCUCAAAAGAUGUCCUCUGGCCCUAGUUGGCAGCACUGUGGUUAUCUGGAUGGCAACAGAGGACAGAGAGGUGAUGGAAGCCCGGGGGGCAGGAGAAAGCUGCCCCACCCUCUCCAAGGUGGCACCUGGUGACAACACGCCCGAAGGGAAGCCAAAGGCUUCUUUGGAGGCAGAACCCCCAAAGCUAGAAGAGAGUGAAACAUGUGAGGACAGAGAUUGCCCAGGCUCCCCUAAGUCACAGGCCCCAAAGUCUAGCCCCACCACCAAGGGUCAGGCUGGCGAUGGACCUGGGCUGGAUCCAACGGAGCUGCCCCUGACCAUGGAGACAGAACACCACAAUGCAAUGGAGCUGGAGAAGGUGCGCAUGGAGUUUGAGCUGACGCGCCUGAAGUACCUGCACCAAGAGAACGAGCGGCAGCGGCAGCAUGAGGAAGUGAUGGAGCAGCUGCAGCAGCAGCAGCAGCAGGCUUUGCCUCGCCAGUUCUCAGGAGGCCUCCAGGAUCUCUUGCUCCCUCAGAACCAAUUUGCCAUGUUCCUGUACUGCUUCAUCUUCAUUCACAUCAUCUACGUUACCAAGGAGAUGGUCUUCUUUCUCUUCUCCAAGCAUUACCUGUUCUGCCUCGCAGCCAUAUUGCUGUGUUUGAUUAAAACCUUGUGGUCCUACUUCCAAGUGCCUUUGCUUCUUCCAUCACCAGCAACGUCAUCUGUGGACCACCAGAUUCCUCCCUUCCCAUGGCAACCAGGCUUGACCACACAGCUGCCGGCUGCUGACCCGAGUGUGAAGACGCACAGCCAGGCCCCUGCCCUGAGACUGCUUCUCACUACUAACAGCUCUGCUCCCACCAGCCCCAGCAGCAAGAUGGCCAGCUCUGGCCCUGAGAGUCACAUGAAGAGAUGGAGCGGCAAACAGCUGGAUGCAGCUAUGCUCUCAGUUUACAUCAACUCUUUCCCUUGUCACAGGCCUUCGCCUUAA